UUGACCUUGGCGUUCUAUCAGCGCUCUGUUGGAGUGACAAGAAACACGAGUCGAGACUUUCGGAUCAGUAGCCGAUACAUCUUAAAAAUGAGUGUCUUGCACCAACCAAUGAAAUGAUGCAUAAGUCAAAGUCUAAUCAGGUGCUGCAAGUUGAGCAUAUUAAAGAGCUCCACGAUCAUUGGACUAAUUGCAAGUCAUUAAUUGAUGAAAAUGAUAAUGGCGUUCUAUCUGCUUCCAAAAUUGACACCGUUUUUCACCAUGUCAGUAAAAUUAUACUACUAGUUGUUGAUGAGCACUCUUCCGACACUCUAGAAAGAAACAAGCUAGUAGAAGGUUCAUAUCUUGAAACAAUAAUAAGAAAUAAUAUUUUUGAAUUACUCCUCAUUUGGAUCGAAGGAAAUCCAACACCAAAAGAUGAAAAAUCUAUCAGUACUCGCGAUGUGUUAAGAAGACAUUUAAUCACUGCUUUUGAACAGUUAAUAACACAAUCGAAACAGAAUGUUUUGCUUUAUAGACCGAUUCUUCAACCUUUGUGCCAAUUUUUAUUCAAAUUAUCCUCACAGUUACGGCCUAGUUAUGAUCAAAUCUAUGGGCAUUUGUUACAUGAAGUUUGCAUCUUGUUAUGUAGAAACUUUCAGUUGUUGGAGUUUAGUAAAGAAUUAUGCAAAGAAAUUUUCAACCAACCGUAUAUGAUAUUUUCAUUGCUUGUUCCAUUAGUACAUCGAAAUGACCCGUUGGGGGAUUCGGCCAGAGAUUCACUCCUAAUCAUAUUUGGACUUUCUAAUAAAGAUGAUUGUCUUGGUCAAUAUUUAGCAUAUGAAUCUGAUAUAUGUCCGAUUUUAGCUACUGGUUUAAGUGGUCUGUAUUCUAGUCUACCAAAAAAGUUAGUUCCACGUUAUGGGCUAUGUCAAAAUCAUAACGGUAAUAUUUCAUUAAAUUCUCCCGGAGGUCCAGUUUCUGUAACUACGCCAAUCUAUAUUCAAUCAGAUUUACUCAACCCAUGUCUGUUGGAAUUACAAGUCGGUGGAGCUGAAUGGCAUCAGAUAACCGAGAAUGAAUGUUCCAAUUCAGUCGAUCUGCGCCGAUUUUUACAUACAUUACAUUUUUGUAAUCUGACUAUUAAAAUUGCACAUCCUCAUGUUCGUGAUCAAUUACUAUAUUUUAUUCAUUCUGGAUUCUUGGUUCCUGUUUUAGGAUCUGCAUUACAUCAGAGUGCUAUGGAUGAAGUAAUUGCAGCUACAGCUUAUCUGGAAUUGUUUUUACGUCGUUUAACUGAACCUUCAAUGAUUAAAUUAUUUCUGAAAUUCAUUAUUACCGAAUCACAUGAUUCUUAUCAUAUACUCACAUCGAUUAUGAAUCGUUUAAAUGCAAACGCUAUGCUUAUCACUGAUAAACGAUAUCAACUUGGGAUGGUCACUUUAUCCUUAUUUCGUACAAUAUUAAGCUUUCACUGUGAAGAUGUUAUGUAUGAGUUAAUAUUCAAGCAUUUACUAACUUUGAAUCAUUUAGAUUCUGAAAGGUUUGAUUCUUCAUCAAAUGGAUUUCAUAAAACUCUACUGACUGGAUCUGCAUUAUGUUUAUCCAACAAUGGUACAACACAACAACCAAAACUACUUUGGUCUACUUCACCACGAUCAGCCGUUAAACAUACUACUUAUUAUCAUCCUACGGUGGAUCAGUUAAUCCCACAUCUUGUUAAAUCAGCUGAAUUAUUUUUAUCAUUAGCCAAUACAUCAUCUUGUAGUGAUAAAUUUUCGAAAUCCAGAUCUCAGUCAACAACAACAAAUAAUUCUGAAGUUGGCACUACACAAUUAAAGAACGAGAAGAGGCAAAAAUCAAGUAUAUCUUACUGUCCUGUCGAAAAACUGUGUAAUGUUUCGAAAGAAGUCAUAUUCAGUGGUCAUGGAGACUCUAUACCUACAAUCGAUCCCUUAACAAGUUUAAAUCGUUCAAACAACUUUAAUAGCGAAUCAAUCGAUGAUGAUGAUGAUGAUUUGAACAAAACAUUAAACAACGAAUGGGUUGUUAUUCGUGCAACACCACUCCAUCCUAUUUUAGUGGCUAAUAAUUAUCCAGAAUUAAUAAAUUAUAUUAAAAAUGCCAAUUUACGUGUAUCACGACGACGUCAAGCUUUUAAAUCAUGGCGUUCACAGUAUUGGCCAAAAAUGAUUGAAAAUAAUAAAGGGAAUCAAUCUGCAACAUCGUUAGUAAAAGAUGAUAAUUUAUUAGAAUUACAAGAGAAACGAUCACGUUGUGAUUUGUAUAGAACGAUCCAUUCGUCGAAAUAUACAAAUAGUAGUGGUUGUGUAACACCGGACUCAAUGCCUAAUGGAUUGUCAGCUAGAGAUCGUACAAAAUUUAUGCCAGAUAUAGUCGACAGUGGUAGCAAAAACGAAUGGAACAGUGUAUGUGAUGAUAUGUCAUUGUCAUCACCAUUGUUAUUGCAUAGUUUAUCCAGGAAACAUACUUCAUCUUUAUAUCAAUUAAAUUAUAUAAAUGAUUCUUCAGAUGAUGAAAGUAAUCAAGAGAAUAUGAAACAAUCUAGCAAUUCAAAUACUACUGAUAAUGACACGACUCUUAUCGCUGUUAAUAAUGUUGAGUCGACUGUCUCUGAAACUGAUACCCUUGAUAAGACAAUUAAUUCACGUUCGCCAACUGAUAAACAGUUAUCCAAUUCUUGUUCAACAGAAUCAUUUCAUUCAACAACUAUGGACAAUAAACAACCACAAACACAAUCAUCAGUAUUUUCGACAACAUUAAAAAUGGACAAUCAUGAAGAAGGGUGUUAUAACACUGGCUCUAGUGUACCAUAUAAUCUCACAUCCACAAAUUCUACACCGUGUACUUGUUUAUCAACGUUACCAGAUUUGCUAAGAUUAGCUCAUCUAGAUCCAAGUAUAGAAUUACAUAAUAGUAAUGUCGUUUCAUGCACCACCACAGUGUGUACAAAAACUGAUUUUAAUGAAAGACAAGAAUAUGAAUUAGAGAAUUUUUUAGCUGCAUUAGAUUGUUUACCAUCACCAGGACGUUGUACAAAACAUUUUGGACAUUUGCCACCAUUUAUUUCCUACAGCAAAAUUGAUGAGGAAUUUUUUAAAAAAUUGGAUGAUUAUAUACAUGAAUUCGAAAAUUCCAAAAUGGAAUUUACUGAAACAGAUACUGUUAGUAGUACAACAAAAACUACUACUGUAACUAAGAAUGAUAAUCUUAGUCAUAAUUGUAGUGAUAACGAAGAUGAGGGUGACAAUAAUGCUGAGACAAAAUCUAGACUCUUACAAUCUCCUCUAUUAUCUUCGUUAAUGGUUAGAUCAUGUAAUGAUGCUUUGGAUUCGAUAUCAUUGAACAGACUUGACUCAAUACGCCAACAACAAUGUCAGCAUUCAGGGAGUCAUAGUAGUUGUAGUAAUCAUUCACACUUAACAGAUUUCUCUUCAACUUCAUCGACGCAAUCUGCGAAACAUUAUUCAAAUUCAGUUGGUGUCGCUGGCGGUAUAGGUCCAUUUUUGUCCAUACUCUUAAAUCGUUUGGCUAAUAUGCACAAUAAUUGUUUUUUCACUAAUCUCCUUCUAACUGAUAUAUUUGCUGCAUUGGCCUCUUAUCCAUGUCCAUUAUUAUAUGAAUACCUAUUGAAUCCAAUUGGUUUAAGUAUAAAACCAUCUGUUAACACUCUUUAUAAAGUGCUCCGAUCUGUGCAUAGUCAAAUUGUAGUCGCUUCGGAAUCUGUUGAACAAUGGAAAUCACUUGUGUUUCGUGCGCGUGUUUAUUUAAAUAUUGUCUGGCCAGGUCCUUUCAAGAUGACAAUUGAUCCAAAUUUUUAUACAACAAGAGAGAAUUCACAACGUACUAAAACUAAAAUGAUGGCAACAACGACAGGAUAUAAAUCAAAUACUACUUAUAAUAGUAAAAAAGGUGUAUCUGAGGACAAGAAAAACAUUUCUACCUGUUUAUCAAAAAAUUGUCUUCCUACAAAUUCAAAUCAUCAUUCACCUUUGAAUACUGUUAACAAAGAUUCACUUCAACAUGUUGUUCCACUAUUGCCUGUUACAUAUCCAUUACCAGUGAAUAAUGAUAAUAAAACUAGUUCAGAACGUUUACAUCGUAGUUCUGUCAGUGGUGGAAGUAUUAAUUUAAAUUUACGUCAUAGAAGUCGUAGUCGUGUAAAUCAAUUUUUAAAUUUAACAAGUCGUAUCGGUUUAAGUCCAGUAUUAAAACGUGCAUCACUUCAUCAAGGUAAUCGUACAUCUGUUCCUUCUUCUUCUUUUAAUCAAAAUUGUACCAAUAACAAAUUUAAAUUAACAAAUUCAGGAUCUGAUGAAGAAGUUGAUGUAAAUGUGAAACAUUCAAUGGAUAAUGAAAACAUAAAUAAUAAUAAUAAUAAUCCAUUUUAUUCAGAUCCAACAACAGAUAUUUCAAUAAAAACACGAAAUUUAGUAUUUGCUUCAAUUAUUUUUGAUGAAUUCUGUUUUGAACUAGCUGCAUUAUGUUAUGAGCAUAGUUUAAAUUCUGAUAUUCAUUUAACUAAAUAAAUCAAACAAAAUUAUACUACUUAUAUUAAUAAUCAUUGGAUAGUAAGUAGUAUUAUACAUCAUUAUUAUUAAUUGGCUCUUUUAAGUGAUUUUAUUCAUUGAAAUUUACAUUUACGCAUAUAAUUUAGCUCAGAUCCCAUUCAUUCAUCCAUUCAUUUAAAAAGUAUUGAUUAUACCUGUUAUUCAUCAUCGUAUUUUCUCUUGUUGUCCAUGAGUGCUUGUUUUUCUCUUCUCUUUGUUUUUAAAUCACAGUAUAUUUCCUUGUUGCUAAACAAAAACUCUCUACAUAUUUAGUUAUAUUUUACUUGUUUUUCUCUUUUUUUUCGAAUUUACCCUUUUUUGUAAAAAUUUUCAGAAGUUAUUUAUCUGAUUUGUUUAAUUUUCAAUUUGUACUUCUUUUCUUUCUAUUACAAAAUAAUAAUGACUUGUUAAUUACAAAAUAGAUUAAGCAUGAUGUAACAUAAUAAAGCUCCUAGUUUACUUUUUUUUUAAGAAAAAAGUUUUUUUUUAAUUUUUACUUUUCUCUGUAAAUAUGUAUCAUUCCUCGGUCAUUUUUUUGUUCUCUUUCUGAACUAUUUUCUAAUGGUUACUGUUUAUGGUAAUUAUUAGUAAGUUGUAUUAACUUUGAGACCAGUUUUAAGAAAACAUACAAAAUGCGCCAUUAUAUAUUUGUAUUUGUUUUGGAAAACAAAAAAUCAUCAUCUUUUUUUAAA